GAUGUGACGGGAAGAAUCCAGUUUUUCCCAGUCUCAACUUCAUAAUUCAGAUUACGAGUACAGGCGAUUGAAAAGUGCGCGGAGAUGCAGGUUUGGAUGGAAAAGUUUUUUAUUGUGGAUGGAUUUUGCGAUUGUAGAUAGCUAAUGUGGAGACUUGUAGAUAUGGGUUGGAUGGCGAGAAUGGGAGGGGAAUUUUUGAGGAGGGGUGGAGGGGUGGAGGGGUAUAUCUUGAGGCUGUUUCCUGCAUAUUUGGGUUUUUCUUUUCUUUUCUCUAUGCCGGGGAGGAAAUUACGAAGGAGGUUUAAGAAUUGUGAAGAUUAGGGUUCUUGAUACGAGGUUUUUGCCAAAGCUCAUACUGUACGGAAUCCUCAGAUAGGGUCGAGGUCUAAUAAUGACUGCAUCACAAGAUAUCGCUAAGCGGGAUUUGUCUUCGAUGGGGGGAGAGAAAAAUGCUCAAAAUAAUGCGGCUGAAGAGGUGAGGGAUGUCGAAUCGGAUGCUGAGUCUAUGGAUACUAAAGCUGGGUCUAUAUGGACGAUUAUGGGAUCUGCAAUGGCGAACUAUUCAGAUGGAUAUCAACAGGGCUUAGCGUCCAGUACAAAUGUAGUGUUUAAUCAUCUCCUGGGCACCAAAGUCUACACCUCUACAAUCCAAACCCGGAUUUCCAAUGCCCUGCUUGUCGGUUCCGUCAUCGGUAUCCUGAUGCUCGGCUAUACGUCUGACAAGUUCUCCCGCAAGGGAGGCAUGCUUUUCACAUCCGCUCUCGUCAUCAUCGGCUCCCUGCUCUCCACGCUUGCGUUCCAAGUACAGCCUUCCUCAAACAUGCUUUGGUUCCUCACCAUCGCUCGCGGUAUAGCAGGUGUAGGCGUCGGAGGCGAAUAUCCCACUUCCGCAGCCGCCGCACUCGAAGGGUCCGCCGAUUCCUUCGACCAGCAACGAGGACCCAUCCAAGUCCUCAUCUCUACCAUGAUGGCCACAACCGGUUCCCCCACCUGCACACUCGUCUAUCUCCUUUCCCUCCUGGCCUCGGACAACAAUUUGAAAGUGGCUUUCCACGCCAUCUACAGCAUAAGUACCAUUCUCCCCCUCUUCGUCGUCCUCUUCCGUCUGCGCAUGACCGAUGGAACACUCUUCCAAAAAUCCAAUCUCCGAAAACGUUCCAUCCCGUGGCGCUUCGUCAUCCGCAAAUACGGGCUCCGGUGCCUGGGCACCAGCACCGCGUUCUUCCUCUACGACUUUGUCAAUUUUCCAAAUAGCAUCAUGAGCGCCGCUAUCAUUAAUGGUCUUGUGCCCGGCAAGAACGUCCGCACGGUCGCCAUUUGGCAAUUCAUUCUCGCCGUGUUCCCCAUCCCCGGCGUGUUGCUAGGCAUGUGGCUCGUGAACCGCAUUGGGAGAAAAUGGACGGGCAUCCUCGGGUUUUCGGGAUACAUUCUUUUGGGAUUCAUUAUCGGGGGGUGUUAUGGGAAACUCACGACGUCGGAACAUCUUCCCGCGUUUAUCGUUCUGUAUGGAUUGUUUGCGUCGCUGGGACACAUGGGGCCCGGUGCGACGAUUGGGUUGAUCAGUGCGGAGAGUUUCCCGACGGCGAUUAGGGGGUUGGGGUAUGGGGUUAGUGCGGGGUUUGGAAAGGCGGGCGCGGCGGUCGGGACGCAGGUUUUUACGCCGAUUCAGCAGGCGGCGGGGAAGAGUAGUACGUUUUUUGUGGCUGGGGGCGUGGGGGUGUUGGGAGUGUUUGUUUAUUGGUUUUUGCCUGAGGGGAGGGGUGUGGAUUUGAGGGAGAUGGACGAGGAGUUUGAGAGGGGGUUGAAGGCGGACGCGAGAGAUUAAUUGAUGGGUGUGGUUGGAAUUAGAAAAAUAGAAUGUUAGAAUGUUGAGAGUUUAGACGACUGGAUAAACUUUCAACACUAUUGAUAGUAUAGAAUAAAAUCUGUCAAUCAUAAUAUCAGAAUACA